AUGGUGCUGAUCACGGACGACAGGGAUGGAGGAGGCGCUUCGUCGGUCCGGGUCAAACAGCUCCAGCAGCAGCAGAAAGUCGGGGGGAACAUCACCCAAGUUCACCCGACCAUAGUCGAGGAGUCCAAUGAUGACGACUACCUAGGCUCGUGCGAGGAGGACGAUGAAGAGGACGAUGGAGGGGAGGCAGACGAUGAUGAAUUCGAAGAAGUUGACUUUGAGGACUUGGAGGAUUGUCGGAGCAUCUUGUCGGACGACUCCUUCUACCCGCCGGAUGAUGUGUUCGCUGACUCGGAGCGCACCCCGUCACCGGAAAGCCCAAAACCGCUGUCUUUUUUCCAGGCAUGCUGCACCAACAACUCUGCUAUCGUCCGGAUAAUGAUGCGGCAUGGAGUGAAGAAGGAGGAGGUCAAUGAGAAGGACAGGAAUAACAGGACUGGGCUGUUGGUUGCAUGUUACCAAGGUUUCGUGGACGUCGUCAUAGCACUGUCUCAGUGUCCGUAUUUGGAUGUCAAUUGGCAGGACAGCGAGGGAAACACAGCUCUCAUCACUGCUGCUCAAGCAGGCCACAUAACAAUCACCAACUAUCUGCUGAACUACUACUCUGGGUUGGACAUCGAGAGGAGAAACUGCCACGGCUUCACCGCUCUGAUGAAAGCUGCCAUGCAGGGCAGAGUGGAAUGUGUGCGCUCGCUCAUGAUGGCAGGAGCUGCCCUGAAUUCCAGGGACUAUGGGCGCCACUUUACUGCCAGGGAAUGGGCCUUCUUUACGGGCCGUUAUGAAACUGCCUGGGUGAUGACGUGCCUGAUAGAACAGCCCUGCCCGCGCCAGUUCUGUGAUACAUACAGUCUAGAGUGGCCUCCACUGGCAUCACUGGUGGCCAAAGCCCAGGAGCCCCGUGGCUGUCUGAAGCGCCUGUCGGACAGUGUGCGGAACGCCUUCAACAUAGCGAAUGUCACCAACCCUGAGCCUGAAGGUGUUAUCGACCACAUGGUUUCUAUAACAACUGCCUUGAGGAGCCCGUUCAUUGCCGUGGCAUGCCAUACAGUGUGUCCUGACAGCCCCCCAUGUGUGGGCAAACGGCGCUAUGCAGUUCCUGAGGUAAUCCGCCAGCAGCGCGCCAAGGAGCUCCGCUCUAUUAACCCUGGCAGGGUGGAGACCCACCUCAAACUCUUCCAGAACUCCCGGGUCACACUGGUGGCCAAGAACUCAGUAGACCGCCGGGCCAGCCUUCAGAUCCAGGGCCUGAGCACGGUGGCUCAUACCGAAGCCCUGGAGCUGCGGAGAACCAGCCUGCUGCCCAUGCACAUGGUGCUGAGGAGGAGCAGCGUCAGGCCUGGGUUCAGCAUCCCCAAAGUGAGGGUGUCCAAGGCCCCUACGCCCACUUAUGAACCAGAAAAGAUCCGGAGGAAGAGCAGCGCCAAAGAUGGAAGCGGACAACUGCUGCAAAUACCAAAGUGGCGGUACAAGGAGCUAAAAGAAGAAAGGAGGAAAGCCGAGGAGGCCGAGAGGAGGAGGCUGGAGGCUGUAACCAAGAGACACCUUGCUGCCGGCAAAAGGAAAUAAUAUCAUUGCCUCAGAAGAUGACAUGCACACUACCCUAAAAAGAGACUAAAUCUGUACUAGGGGUGUCCCCGACUAAGAUUUUACAGAAUCGUCAAGUCUUGCCUAUCGUCGACUGUGGGGGGGGCUAAUACAUAGGGGGGUUGACUACAGUGUUGAAAUAUUCAGCUGUGAUAAGGUUGUGUGUAAAGCUCCUUUUGUAUGAAAACAUGCAACUGAUUAGGACCCAGUCACAAAAAGAGUAGCUUCUUAUUGCAUAAGUGGUGCAGGGGUGGAGAAGAUUAAUUGAAAGUUGUUUACAGCAGCGCGCUCAGUUGUCACUCAAGCAGUCAGCAGCUGGCCCCCGGUAACGAGAAGCGGAGCACACAGAGCUAAAGUCUGCUGUCAUGCAGCGUGCGCUCUGUACUUCUUUUACGAUUCUCUUGUGAUAAUGUUUUUCCGCCACAAACGCAACUGUUUGCCUCGUCUACAUCAGGCAUAUAACGCAGCGGCUUGCUG